CCGGCAGAGCCCGAGCCCCCCGCGCCCCCCCGGAUCCAUCCCGUGCGCGGCCGCCGCGGCUCCAGCAGACCCCGUUGUGCUGAGAUGGCAUCGGACGCCUGAGUGACUCCUCUGUCCGGGACCAGCCAUGGAGACGGUUGUCAUCGUGGCCAUCGGGGUGCUGGCCACCAUCUUCUUGGCAUCCUUCGUGGCGUUGGUGGUGGUCUGCCGGCAGCGGUACUGCCACCCCAAAGACCUCCGGCACCACUACGACACCAAACCUAUCGUGGACCUGAUGGGCACCACUGAGACAACAUCGGAGCCUUCGGAGCUGGAGCUGGAUGAUGUGGUCAUCACCAACCCCCACAUUGAGGCCAUCCUGGAGAACGAGGACUGGAUCGAGGAUGCCUCGGGUUUGGUCUCCCACUGCAUCGCCAUCCUGAAGAUCUGCCACACGCUGACGGAGAAGCUGGUGGCCAUGACCAUGGGCUCAGGUGCCCGUGUGAAGUCCCCCGCCAGCCUGGGUGACAUCAUCGUGGUGGCCAAACGCAUCAGCCCCAGGGUGGACGAUGUGGUGAGAUCCAUGUACCCACCGCUGGACCCCAAACUGCUGGAUGCAAGGGCAGCGGCGCUGCUGCUCUCGGUCAGUCACCUGGUGCUGGUGACCCGCAGCGCCUGCCGCCAGCCAGCUGCCCGCCACUGGGUCGAGCGCUCGCUGGCCGCCGCCGAGGAGCACAUGGCCGUGCUGCGCCAGGCCGCCAUGGCCACCGAGACCGAGCGGCUGCCGGCCACCGACGCCUUCCGGCAGGAGCAGUCAGCAAUCUGAGACCCCCACCAACUGCGCUGGCAAUAAACCCCUGCUGUGCGUUCCCCCCAUCAUGGGGGGGCCUCUGG